UUUUCUCUCUCUCCUAGGGCACCUUUCACAGCCAGCAGGCAUUGGACUAUGGCACCAAUCUAGUUGGAGGAAUUUCUCCAGGGAAAGGGGGAAAAACUCAUCUGGGUCUGCCUGUGUUUAAUUCUGUGAAGGAGGCUAAAGAACAAACUGGUGCUUCUGCCACUGUUAUAUAUGUACCUCCUCCCUUUGCUGCUGCUGCAAUCAAUGAAGCGAUCGAUGCAGAAAUGCCCUUAGUUGUAUGCAUUACUGAAGGUAUUCCCCAGCAGGACAUGGUUCGGGUUAAACACAGACUGCUUCGGCAAGAUAAGACUCGACUAGUGGGCCCAAACUGCCCAGGAGUCAUCAAUCCUGGAGAAUGUAAAAUUGGUAUCAUGCCUGGUCACAUUCACAAGAAGGGAAGAAUUGGUAUUGUGUCAAGAUCUGGAACUCUGACAUAUGAAGCUGUUCAUCAGACAACGCAAGUUGGAUUGGGGCAGUCUUUCUGUGUUGGGAUUGGAGGUGAUCCCUUCAAUGGAACUAAUUUUAUUGACUGCCUUGAUGUCUUCUUGAAGGAUCCUCAUACAGAGGGGAUCAUAUUGAUUGGGGAAAUUGGAGGAAAUGCUGAAGAAGAUGCAGCAGCAUUCUUGAAAGAAAAUAAUGCUGGUCCAAAUGCCAAGCCAGUGGUGUCCUUCAUAGCUGGUCUGACUGCUCCUCCAGGCAGGCGGAUGGGUCAUGCUGGAGCAAUCAUUGCUGGAGGAAAGGGUGGAGCUAAAGAGAAGAUAGCUGCUCUUCAGAGCGCUGGUGUGGUCGUCAGCAUGUCUCCUGCUCAGCUAGGUAGCACCAUCUACAAGGAGUUUGAGAAAAGGAAAUUGCUGUAAGAGAAGACACUUCGGAAUACUGUCUCCAAAACAUCAGUGCAGCACCUGGCCUCCGCUUAUCUUUUGUCUGCUAAUCUUCAGUUGCCCAAAUGACUGACACUGGUCUCUGAAUUUGACUUGGAAGCCAUAAACCUCCUGGCUAAACCUGUUUUGGUGUCUCCUUGGUUCAGACAUGAUCACCUUGUUGUAAAUCACAGCAAAUUAAUAAAUCUACUACUAAAUCUGAUUCAUCUUUUGAAUUCCUGAAGCAGAGCCAUUUCUUCAACUGUCAUAAACAAAAUAAUGAGCCUUGAAGGUCUGAAUCUUUUGUAACUUAAGCACUGCCCAUUUUAAGGUGAAGUCGCUUAUAGUGAUGCUUUUAAGGAUCAAGGCACUGACUUUAUGCACAUAUCACACUUCGCUUUUUUUUUAAAAAAUCCAGUCUUGUUCAUUGCUGGCAAGUAUGUGUGUUUGAACAAUAGGCCAAAGUUUCCGUCCAUUAAACCAAAGCUGCUGGAUCUGAAGGGGUUGCUUGUUGAUCCACGUGGCUGGAUAUACCUGAAGUCCAGACUUUCUUUUCAAGGCUGAUGAGCCAUGCACAGUGUAGUCCUCUACUGGCAAGGAAUUCUGUUUGUUGUGUAGAGAGAUGGAAUUUUUAUUGACAAAAAUUAAUCUAAUUUCCUGUGCGAAUAUAUAUUCAAAAUUGUCUGUAACUAUAAAAAUUAUUUGGUCUUUAGCUUACAUUAUCUUGAUUUCGUCUUUAUCUUAACUAGGAUUGCAUUGCUUGUGUGUUCUGAAAUCCUCAUAACAUUGGGACAUAAUGGAGGAGAAUUAUUAUUCUCUGGAAGAGAAUGUAAUAAGGUAUCUUUCUUAUUGACCACUCCCAGCACUGUAAUGCAAAGCCCUGUUUUUUUACUUUGGAAGCAGCCCGAGCACCGUGCCUAUAAACAAGCGUUAUAAGUUUUAUCGGGAUGGACUAAAACCCAAGAUUGCUUUCUUUAUAUAGAAGACUGAAAAUUCAUGUAACCCGGCACUUGUCUAGAGCUAACCUUGUGUUCCAUAAAGGUGCUGUUACACAAA